GUCGACCCUCAUCUUUCCAUCUUGUUCCUGGCAUCGCAACCUUCUGGUUCUGUUUUCCUUUUAUACUCUGUACAACGUUACAUCUGCCUCUAUACCCGCCAUCUAAACCAACCUGCGCGCGCGUUGCGGUGAGAUAUCGAGAGUCUACCUCAAUCUCAACACAAUCGUCUCUCCUAAAACCACACCCGCAACAAACCUACACCAAAACCUACCAUCGAAACCAACAACACCCGCACCCCACCGCCAGCCCCAACACAAAACCCGCCCAAAAUGGCCCCAAUCCACGAACGCAUCCGCGACGACCUCCUGGCCAUGGAACGCCGGCUCUGGACGGCGCUGACCUCGGCGGACCCCGGCCCCGAGAUCAAGAAGAUGUCGAACGAUGACGCCAACUUCCUCUUCCCGAAGCGCGACAUCCUCACGCUGCAGAGCAAGGACCCGUCCCUGUCGGAGGCGCUGAAGCCGCCCUUCCACCACUUCGAGGAGUACGAGCUCAAGGACGUGCGCGUUCUCAUCAUCGACCUGAUGGCGGGCACGGUCACCUACAAGAUCAACGCGCGGCUGCGCGGCAAGAUCCACUUCAACGGCACGGGGUCGACGACGUGGAGCCAGGGGUCCGACGGCGAGUGGCGGAUCGUGGUGCAUCAGGAGACGUCGUUGGAGUAGAGCCCCCCUUUCAGGUACAUUCCAAUGGGCUGCCUCGGGGAGGUCCAGGCAUCAGAGACCUCCUUAUUGAUUUGAUUCCGCUUCAUGAUUGAUACUCUUUACUGUUUUAUCGAACCUAUUAUUUUGUCUCUGAGUUGAGGUGUUCUUGAUGAAGCCAGCGUCGUUGGGCGGAUUUACCUCUUUUUCUUUUUUUUUUCUUUCCUUCUCCAACCAUUUCAUUCUCGCCAAUCCCCAGUCUCAUUCAUGUUACAUACUUCCCCUUCCGAUGUCCUUACGUGUAUGUGUCAUGUGUGAUGAAAGUCUCAUUCGAUAAUUCUUCUUUUCCUUCCACAGCUCAACGUAUAAACCCCACCAUAUCUUUACCCCCUUGGCAUAUAAACACCAUAUCCUGCUAGUAGUUACCCAUUAAGGACUAUACAAGAGAAGAAAAUCAAACAUCAC